AUGCUGUCUCGAGAUUCAACGCCAUUACGUAACAACAACAUUACUACUACUACAAGUAUUUUAAUUGUAGUCAGCCACAACAGAAGCAACAGUAGCAGCGGCGGCAGCUACAACAUUGUCAGUGACGUCAUGAGUGACGUAUGUCAAAUGGCUGACUUCCUAAACGUUUAUCCCCCGCCGAUUAUCGCCACCGUCUCAAUCAUCCUCCAAAUUUCAUCCUUCAUAGUUGUCUCAAGUCGAAUGCUGGCACACCCAUCCAAACUCUACCUCCGCUGCCUAAUCGUGUUGAGUUUUUUAAACACCCUAUCCGGUGGCUCACUUGAUUGGCUGACGAGAAUGGAUUUUGGGCGGGGCCUGAGACAUCCGGCGGCCAGUAGCGAUGUGCUGUGCAGACUGUGGAUGUUCGUCUUCAACGUCGUGAACGGGGCAGUUGGGUGGCUGUUGGUCUGCUUGCUGAUCGACAGGAUGGCCGUCAUGAAGGAAAAAUGUAGGCGGAGUCAGAAGGAGAUGAUGAGGAUGAUGAAGAUGGUGAUGUCCAGGAAGAAGACGAAGAUGAUUAGGAGGAGGAAAAAAAAGAAGAUGAUGAGGAUGAUGAUGAAUGGCGGCUGUGGUAGUGGUGGCGGUGGCGGUGGCGGUGGCGUGUGGGAUGGUGGUGUGGUUGCUGGUUCAGGGAAUGGAGAUCAUGGCGGGAAGUCGUUGCAGAACUCGCUGUUGCAGCAACAGCAGCUACCACAAGAACAACAGCAGCAGCGUCUACAACCGCAGCAGCAGCAAUUGCAGCAACCACAGCAGCCACAAGAACAACUGCGCAAUGGCUUGGAGUUGGACAACGAAAUAUUUACUAGCAAGGUUAAGCUGACAUUGGUCUUCGUCGGGUCCAUCAUUUUCAGCUUGCACUCAUUGUGGGUGUUUGAGCUCUUAAACGCCCACGGAACCAACCCCCAAUGCAAUAUCAACAGUCAGCGGGGUGACCUUGAAGCCCUCAUUUGGCCCUGGCUCUCCACCACCCUCUUCUACUACCUACCCAGCUCCAUACUAUUGACGCUGCUAUUUAUAGUUGCUAAAAGUUCCCUGAGGGCUAAAAAUAACUGCACCGGAAGUCAUGGUGGUGGUGGUGGUGGUGAUAAUGAUGAAACUAGAAAUUUCCUAAGAGCUAAAAAUAGCUCUUCCCGAAGUUGUAAUUAUGAUGAUGAAAGUGGUGGUAGUGGUGGUGGUAAUGCUGAUGGUCAACAUUUUCUAAGAGCUAAAAAUAGCUGCACCGGAAGUAGUAACAAUGGCGGAAAUAGUAGUGAUUAUAGUGUGAAUACUGAAAAUUUCCCAAAGACAAAAAAUAGGAAUCAUGGUGUCGACGACGAAGCCAGUGAAGAUAAUGUUGGAAAUUCCCAGAAAGCUAAAAAUAACUGCUCCAGAAGUCAUAGUAAUGAUGGCGAAGUCGGUAAUGAUUAUGAUGCAGCGUAUGACCAUUUGGAUUGUACGGCCAUCUUGUUAUCGGCAUUAUACGCUCUGGCUGUUUUGCCCUCUGUGACUCUGCACCUCUCCCUUCUCUGUGUCGAUCCAUCAUUCAUCCAGCGCGAUUUUCCCGCCAAUUUGAUCACUCUACUCAGCGUCAUCUUCCAGUGCAUCUCCAACCUCUUUCACUACACAAUCAUACCCCUCUCGGUCACGUGCUUCUACAUUGCUGACGUCAUCAGGGCUAAAAAUAGAUCAACCAAUGGCGUAAAGACAGCUAAAAAUAGUUUACCCCAGGUCAACAAUAACUCUGAUUCUAAAAAUAUAUAG